AUGCGAUUCGUAGUGGACAUCCAUGCCAGCUGUCCUGAAAAACGGCAUAAGAAAUCGCCUGAUCCACCGACUUUUCGCACGAGACAGCUAGCAACAUGUCAUUUAUGCUCGUCAUCUUCUGUAUUGCAGUCGGGGUACUCCUUCUUCCCCCUACUCUUCCUCAAGAUGUCGAAGAAUGUAAGCCGAAACCGCUUUGUAAAGGCGGUACUGCUACGAGGAUUUGAACCAAAUGGACAGUGGAAUGGAACAGGAUAUGGAAAGGAUCUCCCACUACCAAAGACUAUGAAUAAAGUAGAGUACAACUGCAACCUUGAAAAGAAGGCUUUUGCUCUGUUGGAUCAGUCGUGUUCAACGAAAGCUCCUACCGGUCCAGAUGGAACAACGGCCUUAUUCUUCCACAUUGAUGUGGACUUUGACGGACCUGAGCUGUUCUCAGCUGUUUGGGAUUGGGCUAAACAGAUCAAUAAGUUUGCGGUCAGCGAUGUUGCUAUUACCAACAAACAAGUUGUAUACAAGGACCAGGAUCGGAAUUUGUACGAGUAUUUGAACCUAAUGAGAGCCGUCACCUCUAAAAUUGGUUGCGCGGAUAUAACUUGCAAGGAUGGGGAUUUGAGAAAAUAUAGGGCAGUUUGCUUACUUAAUAGGAAUCCCCUCACGAAUGGUGCUGUCGUAUACAAAGCUGGAUCAGGCGGUUGCAACAAGGGGGAGACGUGCCAGAGUGGGGGUGAUAACGACAGGACGAGUGACGGCGGUGAUCGUUUUGCCAUAGAAGUCGAUGAGACUGAUUGGCACAAAGUACGGGAUUUAGCCGAAAGCGCUGGAUUCGUUAUCGAGAAAAAGUUGCAAUCAUUUCAAAAUGUCUACAUUGCCAGACGACGAAGUCGACAGAAGCGAAACGUUGAGCAAAUCAUCAACGAGCUGAUCACUUCAAAAUCAGUGCAGUGGGGAGAACCGCUCAUUCCAUUGUAUCGUGGAAAGCGAGGGAUCUUCAUAGAUCCACUCUACGAGGACCAAUUGCGUUCGUGGUCAUCCACGCCCAGUAUGUCCAUUCCCGAAGCGUGGGCUGGCGGAUUCACUGGACGAGGAGUAACGGUUGCAGUACUCGAUGAUGGCGUUGACUCACAGCAUGAAGAAUUACGAUCGUCUAUCAGUCCAGAGCUCUCGUACAAUUUUGUUGAAAUGGGUGCUGACAUCAAUCCUAAGCCGGGAAAGGAUGAAACCCAUGGUACGCGCUGCGCAGGAGUGAUCGUGAUGGCCGCUAACAACUCAAAAUGCGGCGUUGGUGUAGCACACAACGCAAGGCUCGCAGUGCUGAAGGUGUUGGGUGAAGGUCAAUACGUAAACGAUGCUAUCGAGGGCGAUUCGCUUGCCUUCAGGAGCGACAGCAUUGAUAUUUAUUCGGCGAGUUGGGGUCCGAAGGACGACGGACGCUCGAUGGAGAGACCGGGCUUGCUGGCGCAAAGGGCGCUCCAAUAUGGCACCAUGCACGUGGGUUCAGCUGUUGCUCGUUUAAGUUUGAAAUGA